GCUUGUUGACCCUGGCUCCGUGCCGGCUCCUGUCUAUUCUCUGGGGUCGCCUAUUCCCCUCCCUCCCUCUCUCGCAGCAGCACCGCGGCGGCGCCACGGCGAAAUGCACCAACUUUCAGCUCAUUGAUAGCCUGGUCGUCCCCCUCACUUCAUGGCCAAAAGUACAAGUCCAUCCUCCCCGUUGUCCAUCAUGUCUCUCGCCUCAACCUGAGUCUUUUGCCUCAAUUUCUCGUCAGACACUUGGCCCGUAGCAGUACUCGCCAUCGGUAGAGUCUAGUCUCCUUCUUCACCUCACUUACACGUUCUACGACGCUAUACGUGGUAAGGCUGUGGCGGCCAGCCUCCAACUCGAGCUUCAUGUCAGCUUCACCUUCAAGUUCGCACGCGACUCAGACCGGUCGCCCUUCGCUAUGGAGUGACUCGGCCGAGCGCAGACUGGCUAGACUUUAUGUCUACACGACCUUACCUCUCACCAAGAUCGUCGAAGUCGUUCACAAAGCGACUCCGGGGAACCGAGACUGCCCAGGGAAGGAUUCCGCCAACAAGAAGCUCAAUUCGAUUCUCGACAAAGAGCCGCGAUGGCUUCACCCGCGAACCCGAACAGACAUGGAUCGGCGGAUAAGCGCCCUUGAUAACUCUCCAACUCGCCAGAACACGCCCGAGAACGCAUUUUCGCCAAAUUACUCUCGUUCGAUUUCCUCCGGCGCCCGAUCGCAUCUGAGCGUACACCCCGACUUCAAAUACGAAGCCGGCAAUAGCCCAGCAGUCAACGACUUUCAACCCUUUUACCAUUCACGCUCCUCUUCGGCCGGAUGGGGCCCGCCGGCCCCGGGGCCGCUUCCGACCUUGGUGACCGCCGAUAUUGCGUCCGUGCCACCACCCGAAACCGGAAUACACCGGCAGACUACGACACAGACUCUGCAAGACGUGCUCUCACAGUAUUCGACUGGAUUCCGUCAUCAAGUCAGUAGGUUGUUGAAGCGCUACACGAUGCCCAGCAACACGAUGAUGAACCAAUCACCGACGGACGAAGACCGACCUGGCACUGCCAACUCUAACCCAGCAUCGUGGAUAUUCGAGUAUAAUGCGCCGCAAAGAAACUCGGAAUCACAAGCCACACCCCUUCCCGGCGACUAUCUCACCCUGCCAUCUCACCUCCUUCAACAAGGCUUUUGCUCUGAAGGGCUUCCGGAGCAUGAUUCGCGAUCUUGCUUCUGCCACAUCCGAGACGAGCUCCCGAACGGCUCUUGGGUCACCGACUCAGGCCCAACUCCGUAUGCGCAACACGUCCUGCAAUGCGGAGAGCCUCCGAACAAGGAUUGGAAUGCUCGCGAUCCCUUUGGCCAUAGCAUCUUACACCUUCUUGCAGCUGGGAACGCCCACCACGCCCUCUUGUUUAAAGCAAUCGAGUCGUCCCCUAACCCAUCGGCAACCAAUAGCGCCGGCCAGACAUUUUUGCAUCUGCUCAACGACAGCUGGUUUACAAAACACGCUGAUUCUCUCUUCCAACUCAUCGCCUAUUUGAAGCGAUCUGAUUUUGACCUGUAUGCUCGUGAUGUCUACGGACGCAACUUCUGUCACAUCAUCCACUCAAAGAAGCCGAAUGUUUUGAGCCUGGAGAUAAAAAAAACCCUUCUUAAUCAAUUUAACCCUAUGGCUUAUUGCUGUCGCGACGCAUUUGGCAAUAUCCCCGAGUGUGCUCCUAUCGCGCUGCCAAUUCGGAGAGCUUAUACCGCUGCUGUCGGGCAAGAGAUGUCCUCGACCUGGGAUUCUCAUACGUUGCGCAAGGCUCCAACUCCGAUUGAGGAACAAGCCCAACUUCUGAAGCUUGUUAACGAAGCACACACCAACGCCCGAGUGCAAGAUACACAAGGCCGCAACGGUCUGCACUGUCUUGCCGAUGCUAUCCUUAGUCAGGAGUCAUUAUUCGCCAAGUUCCCACAACAUCUGGCACAGGUAGCUCCCACAGAGCAGUCAGGCGGCAGCAGCCGCAAGCGCAAACACAACAAGCCUAGCAAAUCGUUCACAGACUCCUCAAAGGAGAGACUUACUGCCAGGGAGAAGGUUGUCAGAGACCUCAUCGACCUCGGCGUUGACGCAAACCACUACGACAAAUACGGCAACACGGUGCUGAUGGCUUUCGUGGCUCAGCUCCCCGAAGACGACGACUAUAAGAAGCCCGUCAACAUCUUGGAGGCUCUCAUCGAAGCGGGUGCCGACGUCAACGCCCGUAACAAGAAUGGCGAGACCGCGCUCCAUGUCGCAGUUCGUAGAGGCAAAAAGCUGGCCAUGCGUACACUUCAACAACAAAACGCAAACGUACAAGCCCGUGACGUGGAGGGUCGAAGUGUGCUUGACGUCGCCGACCGAAUGGUGACGUCUUAUAAGCAGAACCCUCACUUCUCACAUUACGAGGCUUGCCACGCUUGGCUCUCAGGGCAAGCGAAGGCAGUUCAAUACCCUACGAUACCCCAAGAAUGGGAAUUGCGAGACUCGUGAGGAUGUUGGAAGAGGGAAGGUGGUUAGUUGGUGGGUGGAAAGAUAGGGAUACACAAAAGUUCGAAGAUUGCUGUUCCGGGUUUGUCUUCUAUCUUUGCAUAGAAGUUUGUGGCGUUUGGCGUUUCUGUAGCCUUGGUUGAUAUAGAAACGAAUGAAGGGUGAUAUGUAGGAGUGUAAGAUGAUUAUGACAGAACAUCAUUAGAUACCCGAGUCCAUAGUUGCAUUGGUUGUCAAAGCCUACCUGAAUCUAUCAAAUUUGACAACU